AUGGUCGGACCCUUCAUGCAGGGCCUCUUUCUGAUUGGCAUCAUCUACUGGUACUCCAAGGGCAUGAUGUCCAUGAUCAACGAUUAUUACAGGAGUGAGUUCCAGCGAAAGUUGCAAGUGGAUCCGUCAAAGCAGAAAGCAGAGGUGCCCAUCAAUGUGGACAACUUCAUGGAUUAUGUUAGGGAGUUGGACUCCCCAGAUGAGGUUACAAGGAACCCACCGGAAGGAGCUAUGGCUCCUCUUCUAAGGAAGCCCAUGAGCCACACACUCUUGCGAUUCCUGGAGAUCACCGGCUCGCUACCAGCUUUUGAUGUUUGUCUCAACACGAGCAACAUAAGAUAGCUAAUUGUAUAACUUUAAUGUUAUAAUUACUUAAUUAUUUAUAUGUUAUGUAUUUUAUAUGACUUUCGUAGAAUAAAGAAUAAUACUACAACCCCAA